AUGGAUCCGCCAGGGUAUACUCCUGGGACUUCCGAGAUUGGUUCUUUGACAGCGCAUUCAAAUGAGGACAGCCAGUUCGUCGGCAGCUCCAGUGGCGUCUACUUCAUCAAUACUGUCAAGCGUGCAUUCUCUGCUGGAUUAGAUGCAUCAGGAUCUCCGGAGACAGAAUUUCCAAAUGCAGAAGACACCCUUGUGGGUGCAGAAGACUCGCCACGGAAGCGACUACGCACGGCGUCUUCGCAGCCCGACUCGGCCUCACCCGCCGCCGGCGAGUCUCCAGCACCAUGGAAGUACGAUCCAGCAAUCGCCGCUUUGAUGGGCAAUGCACCACCUCUGGAGCUCUCGAAAGUGCUCAUGAUGAUGUACUUCAGAGUCUGGCAUCCUCUCUUCCCGUUCUUGCAUGGUCCCACUUUCCUGCACGCUAUGGAGAAGUUAUAUUCCAGCUCCGGCGAAGACACUUCUACCGCCGAAAACCAUCCAGAUCGCCGGGAUACAUGUUGGACGGUAAUAUUGCAAUGCAUCUUCAACCUAGGAAGUCUUCUUCGCCCAGAUCUGGAGCUUCCACCCGCCUCUCGGAUUCAAUCGCCCGGCUGCGUGAUCUCUUUACUCGGAAGCCUGGCAACGCGGCAUGACAUCGCGUCACUACAGGCUCUAUUAGCUGUCCAGGUAUAUCUCGUUGCAACAAUGUCUUUGCGCCUUGCAUCUACCUUUGGCGGGUGCGUUCUGCGAUCCAUGAUGCAUGCCGGCCUGCACCGAUGCCCGUUCCGGUAUGCGCAGCUCUCGUCGCAUGAUCGACAGUUGCGGAAGCGCAUUUUCUGGUGUGCGUAUGCUAUUGAUCGGUAUCUGAGUCAGGCAUUGGGACUGCCUCUUGGUAUCCAGGAUUCGGAUAUCGAUGUGUGUCUGCCUGCUGCGCCGGAGAUGCAUUCUCCGCGACGUUUGAGGGAUUUGCAGUCGAGUGUCUCAUCGAGGUACUCGGUACCUGAUGAAAACGAUAAAACUGACGAGCAAUCACCGGGGAAUACAGGGGCGGAUCACCGCAAAAAGGAGAGUGUGCUUGCCAGCUACGUUGAUUCCGGAACACUUACCGGCCGGGCACUGGAACUUUUGCACAAGUCUAUCUUGGUUCGCUCGGUGCGCCGCAGCUCUGUGCUUUUCUUAGUGACGGAUGUUCACAAGUGGUGGAAUAGCCUUCCCCUUGAACUUCAAGGGAUGGCGCCCGAAGUCGACAAGCGAGUGGCGGCUGCAGACUCCGAUAGUCCGUUUGACUUUGGUCCAUUCUUCAACGUUCUCUACCAGCAUCUUAUCUUGAUUAUCCAUCGUCCCUCCUUAUCAUUUGACCCUUCAACUGCGGAGUUUUGUUCUGGGCUGCAGACCUGCAUUGGCGCUGCAAGGUCAAUCCUUGCGGCAUUGAAACUGCAAGUUGAUAGCCGCCAAGCUCUGUUCUGGCCAGGCUUCGUGUCGGCAGCUUGGAUGUCAGGCUUGGUCUUGGCUUUUGCUUGUCAGCUCAAGCAAUACGUGUUAACAAAGGGUCUACAGGAAAUUGACGCGUGCUCAGAGUUUCUGAAGCAGAUGUCCCCUCAGUGGCAGACCGCCAAGCAUUGCCAUAUGGCGCUGUCCUUGAUGUCUGCAAAAAUAAAACAGAUGGAGCGGCAUCCCCACGGCCCAAACUCUCAUGCUUAUACCAUGCGGCACCCGGGAGAAACACACUCGAUGGACACUAUUGAAACGCGCAGCCAAGAUUUUAUGAAUGCUCAAAAUGAUGGUCCACAAGGACGAUUCAACCAAAUUGCCGACGAGCAACAGAGGCAAGCCGAUGCAUCCCUUGAAGACUCACGUCUUCAUGAGUCACGACCUGGCCUCGACGGAGCGCCCCUGGGACCGUUCCAGCCAAACAACUUCAACGAGGAGUCAUUAUUGGCUGAUAAUGCAAAUCAGUCUUCGGAGCUGAACUUCCAGAAUGCGGACUCGGGUCAGUUUGCUGGUUCGAGCUUCGACUUGAAUAUGGUUGAUUUGCUUCAAGGGGCGGAUUUCAACUCGCUGUUUGAUAUUGUCGGACAGCAAUACCCCAGCUUUUAG